GAAAAUAUAGCACAUACGCGCCAACAAUGCGUGUAAAAUCGACUUUUGGAUAACAGAGUUGCGGCCAGGAGGCCCCAACAAUCCCCCGAGUAAAAAUCAAGAUUCCCGAUCAUCAAAAUUAAUUUAUACACUUGACUGAAUUGCUCUUGAAUCACAAAGCUCCCAUCCUUAAAGAAGAAUCAAGAAUCUCAUCAUUUCAUUUCUGACCAUUGUACAUAUGCAUGUAUGUAUAUCAUCUUUCUCCUCUUCUCAGUUGUCAUGCUUAUCAUAUCCAGUUGAACUCACAAAUUAUCUGUUUGAGCUUUAACUUAAUUCAAGUUGAAAAGUUUUUUAUGCGCAUUUAUUUACAUUGUCCACACUUGCAUCUACUGCAAUAUAACACUGUUAGUGGUAUCGAUUUUGGGUUUUCUUGAUUUCUUGAUUUUUGCUAAUGGGAAGUAGUCGAAAUUUUUGAAUUUAGUCUUGCGUAUUCAGCAUUUUUCUGUAAAGAUUAUAGCUUGAAUUUAUGUCUGCAUUGAUGAAUCUAGUGGCACCUAUAAUGAGCCCUUCUGCAGAGCAGACAAGAAUGUGUAGUGGGUUUUCUUUGCAGAUUCCACAUGUCCAUUCUUUUUCUCCUGCCAAGGGCUUUUCUAGAGUUUUAGCGUCUACCCAUAUGGCUGUUCCUUCGAAAGAUUCUGUUUUUACGAUACCCAAUUGGAGACAUGGUAAGAAUGAUGCUAGAACUAAAGAUUAUAGGAUGAAUGAUGCUUUUUUGUACUUGGAAUACAUGGUUGGGAAAGGGCAUAUGCCGGAUGUUGGUCAAGCAACUCAGUUGUUGUAUGAUUUGGUCAAGUCGAAUAAAUUUAGGAAAGCAACUAGAGUAAUGGAGAUGAUGGUUGCUUCGGGCGCUGUUCCGGAUGCUGCUUCGUAUGCUUUUUUAGUGAACCAAUUGUGCAAAAGGGGAAACGUUGGGCACGCAAUGCAGUUGGUUGAAAGAAUGGAGGAGUAUGGAUAUCCGACCAAUACUAUGACUUAUAAUUCUCUUGUUCGAGGUCUUUGUAUGCGUGGUGACUUGGAACAGAGCUUGCAGUUUGUGGACAGAUUGAUGCAGAAAGGGUUAGUGCCAAAUGCUUUUACCUAUGCAAUCUUGCUAGAAGCUGCUUAUAAAGAAAAGGGGGUCAAUGAAGCAAUUAGGCUCUUGGAUGAUAUGAUCGACAAGGGUGGGAAUCCUAAUCUGGUCAGUUAUAAUGUGUUGCUAACUGGGUUGUGCAAGGAAGGUCGAAUAGAUGAUGCAAUUACAUUCUUUAGAAAUAUGCCAUCACAUGGUUUUAAUCCAAAUGUUGUGAGCUAUAAUAUAUUGUUGCGGAGCUUGUGCCAUGAAGGAAGAUGGGACGAGGCGAACGAACUUCUGUCAGAAAUGGUAGGCGAGGAGCGAUCACCGUCUAUAGUCACCUACAAUAUAUUGAUUGGUUCACUCGCUUAUCACGGCAGAGUUGAUCAUGCCCUUGAUGUGUUAGAUGAAAUGUAUAUGGGACCUUUCAGGCCCACUGCAGCCAGCUACAACCCAGUUAUCUCGCGGCUCUGCAAAGAGAAGAAGGUGGAUGAUGUAAUUAAAUGUCUGGACCAAAUGAUAUAUCACCACUGUGUUCCAAAUGAAGGAACAUUUAACGCUAUUUCUGUGCUUUGUAAGGAGGGUAUGGUACAAGAGGCUUUCGCCAUAUUCAAGUAUUUGAGUAGUAAACAAAAUUCCUCUACUUACGAUUACUACAAAAAUGUGAUUUCUGCAUUAUGUCGGAAAGGGAAUACAUAUCCAGCACUUCAGCUUAUGUAUGAAAUGACAAAGUAUGGUUUUACUCCCGGCUGCUAUACGUAUUCAUCUUUGAUUAGAGGGUUGUGCAUGGAGGGAAUGAUAAAUGAGGCAGUGCAAAUAUUCUUCAUCAUGGAGGAAAGUGGCUACAGGCCUGAUGUUGACAAUUUUAAUGCUCUUAUACUUGGGCUCUGCAAAGCCCAGAGAACAGAUUUGUCCUUGGAGAUUUUUGAGAUAAUGAUUCAGAAAAAUUUUAAACCCAGUGAGACAACUUACACCAUUUUGGUGGAAGGGAUUGUUCAUGAAGGAGAAAAGGAGUUGGCAGUUAUGGUUCUGAAGGAAUUGAAUAUCAGGCAGGUCAUAAGUCGUAGUACAGUGGAAAGGCUAGUUAUGCAAUAUGACCUUGUGAAGUUACUAGUAUGAAAAGCUAUCAACAAAGAUAAACGAUUACAGCCCAGUUACUGCGAAAAUAACAGGAUGAAGAUUCCUACAUUUAAGUUCAGGCGCUGAAUGAAGAUUGACGAGGGGACUUCAAUCCUGGAUGCAAACCCAGUUGAAAAGUUUAGGAGAUCAAUUCUUUCUGAUGCACUACUGUCCGAGUUCAAUCUUUUCCUGCUGACUAAUUUCAUGAGGUUUUAUCUAUGUGUUCAAGCAUGAUCGAUUUAAAAAAAUUAAAAUCAUGUCUAAGGUUCUCUGAUUCAUUUAUAUAGGGUGAAGAGCUUUGUAAUUAACAUUUUAUUUACCAUCGUGACUAUUCUUCUCAAAAAAUCAAGAUUGAGAAACUAAGCUGGUCUAUGUCGUUCAUCUUCUACUCAGACUUUCUGAUUGUUGUCUAACUUCUGUAAGUAUCAGCUAAAAUUUUACAUUGA